AAGAAAAGAAAGUUCGGCAUAAGGACAUACUUUUUUUCCGUUCAUAAAUUCAGAGUAAACCAUCAAAGAGAUGAUUAAGAGCUAGAAGUAAUAAAAAAAAAAUGACCACAGUGGGAGUCGAACCCACGACCUUUUGAUCCGAAGUCAAACGCGCUAAUCCACUGCGCUAUGCGGUCUGGUUUAUAAAUAACAAUGUCUUAAUUUAUAUGAAGUCUAGUCUAUUAACUUAUGGAGUGUGUGCGGCGUCUUCAUGUUUGGCGUGCAUAAUCGUGGCACCAUACUGUCCAUGUAAAAAUGGGCUAAUAGGAUAGGAUGGCUCGCGGACGCAGUCAGAGAGUUACGGUAAUAGAAAUAGUAUGGUAUCACUUGUGUUAAAAAGAUUGUAGUCUACAAAUUUUCUUGGUUAUAAUCAUCAAGACUAUGUCAAACUAUACACAAAAUAUAAUCGAGAAUAUGUCAAAGUCAAAAUAAAACAACAAAAACUUCAAAACUUUGAUUGCUAUAUAUAACCACCAUUAUUCAUUACUUGAUAUCCAAACAACUUGCCGACAAAAUAUAAACAAAGAACAAGGCAACUAGUAGCCAGAUAUGACGAGAUCACCCUUUUUCGCCGCUGUCAUCUCGCUACUCCUCGCUACUCUCGCGGUGGCGGAGAUCAAGUCCAUCACCAUCUCCGAUGAUUCCCGGCCACUGAUUCUCUUGCAGACAUUCGGGUUUACUCAGACCGGUCAUGUAACCAUCUCCGUAUUGUAUUCUUCGAGUCAGGACUCGUCAAGGACAGGCUUCUACCUUGUAGAACAAGAAUCGGUUCUACAAGUAGACAUCGAGCUCCAGCAAAACUCUAGCUUCUGCGUCCUCGACUCACACUACGUCCACCAUUUCGAUCAAUCAUAUAAAGUAACGUCCCCGGGAUUGUACUCUCUCUUCUUUGCGAACUGCGUACCGGGAACUAAGGUCUCGAUGAAGUUCAAAACAGAGAUGUAUAAUCUAAACCCAAACGGGUCAAAAAAUUACUUACCUCCCGGGUCAACCCAACUACCCGGUUUGUUUUUGGUCUUCUCCCUCUGCCACUUUACUUUAUUUGGUCUCUGGGUCUAUUUAUGCUACAACAAGAAGCAACGGAUUCACUUUUUGAUAGCGGCUUUGCUUCUAAUAAAAGCCAUCAGUCUAGUUUGUGCCGCUGAGGUUAAACACUACGUGAAAACCACAGGCACGCCUCGCGGCUGGAACAUUCCUUUCUACGUUUUCCAGUUCGUUGGAAACGUUUUGCUCUUCAUGGUGAUUGUUCUAGUCGGAACAGGAUGGUCGAUCUUGAAACCGAAGCUACAAGAAAAGGACAAAAAGUUGAUGAUGAUGGUGAUCCCGUUUGAAGUUAUAUCCACCAUUGCUUCGGUUGUGAUUGGAGAAAGUGGACCAUAUGUCCAAAACUGGUUAAUUUGGACCUACAUCUACUUGUUUGCUGAGGUAUCUUGCUGGGUCGCCAUGAGAUUGGUAAUAGUUUGGUGGAUGUGUUCUUUAAGAAAGACAUCGAGGAAAACAGUCAAGAACUUAGGCACCUCACCAUUUUUUGGGAAAUUCUACAAUUUGGUUUUUGUGUAUCUGCUUUUCACAAGGGUUGCAAUUGGUGUGUUUAUGUUGAAUGAGACUGCUGGUUAUAAGUAUCAGUGGGAGAGCAAUGUAGCUGGGGAGAUUGCAAGUCUUGCGUUUUAUGCAUUGAUGUGUUAUUAUAUGUUCAGGCCAAUAGAAAGGAAUGGAUUUUCUGAUGUUGAAGAUGAAAAAGAAGAAGAAGAAUUGCUACAGAUCUUUGACCUAGAGGAAGAUCAAGUUUGAGCUAUGAAGCAAUUUUAAACUACUGUUUUAGUUUUUUAUAUACUUGUAAUAAGGAACUUAGAUGUGUGUCUUGUACAGUACCUUAAGGCUUGCUUGUUAGUAUGAUGUAUUUGUGUUUGUGUAUUAUCUGAUGAAAAUAUAUGCAUGUUCGUGUU